UUCUUCUCUCAUUCUUCUUUUAGGCAGCCAGCUAUCCCUUUCCAAUCCUGCUUAGUCCUCCCCACUUUAUUGAUAAUCCCCACCAACUCUCUCUCUCUGUCUCGCUCUCCUCUUCCUUCACAACCCAAUUCCCAGUUCUCCUUCUCCAAACAUGGAACCCAUGCUACAGCACCAGCAAUCAGCAGGAGGGCCCCGGUUCACUCUGAUGAAGCAGUCGUCGCUGGCGCCGGACCGGGACGACUCGGUGACGCCGGAGCCGGUUGACCCUCGCGUGAGGCUCUUGUACAUGGCCAACGAGGGCGACUUGGACGCCAUUCGGGAGCUGCUCGACUCCGGCAUCGAUGUCAACUUCACUGACAUCGACGGUCGCACCGCCCUCCACGUUGCCGCUUGCCAGGGCCAAACCGACGUCGUUCAGCUCUUGCUCCAGAAAGGCGCCGAUGUCGACCCGCGUGACCGCUGGGGCAGCACGCCUUUUGCGGAUGCAAUGUAUUACAAAAACGAUGACGUGAUCAAACUUUUGGAGGAUUACGGCGCCAAGCCUCGGAUGGCUCCCAUGCAUGUGCAAAGCGCACGGGAAGUCCCCGAGUAUGAGGUUAAUCCCAAUGAACUUGAUUUCUCCAAUAGUGUUGAGAUAACAAAGGGAACCUAUCGUAUUGCAUCGUGGCGUGGAAUUCAAGUUGCAGUUAAAAUGCUUGAGGAGAAGGUAUUCGCUGAUGAAGAUAAAGUAAAUGCAUUCAGGGAUGAGCUUGCUUUACUUCAGAAGAUACGACAUCCAAAUGUUGUCCAAUUUUUGGGUGCUGUAACACAAAGCUGUCCAAUGGUGAUUGUCACAGAAUAUCUAAACAAGGGAGAUUUUCGCGCAUAUCUUAAAAGGAAAGGUUCAUUAAGACCAACAUCAGCAUUAAAGUUUUCGCUUGACAUUGCUAGGGGGAUGAAUUACCUCCAUGAGCAUAAACCUGAAGCAAUAAUUCAUCGAGACCUGGAGCCCUCAAACAUAUUGCGGGAUGAUUCUGGGCAUCUGAAAGUUGCAGACUUUGGGGUGAGCAAGCUACUGAAAGUUGCAAAUACAGUUAAAGAAGACAGACCUGUGACGAGUCAAAAGUCUCAAGACACUUGGAGAUAUGUGGCUCCUGAGGUAUACAGAAAUGAAGAGUACGAUACCAAGGUGGAUGUUUUUUCAUUUGCUUUGAUUUUGCAAGAGAUGAUUGAAGGUUGCGUACCAUUUUCUACAAAGCCAGAAAAGGAAGUUCCUAAAUCAUAUGUUGCAAAUGAGCGCCCACCAUUUAGAGCGCCACCAAAGCGUUAUGCACACGGAUUGAAGGAGUUAAUUGAGGAAUGCUGGAGUAAGGACCCAUCCGAGAGACCAUCAUUCAAGCAAAUAAUUAAGAGGUUGCAUGACAUUAAUAACCAGUUUGCUCGGAAAAGACACUGGAAGGUCACACCACUUACAUGUCUCCGGAAUCUCGAGGCCAUGUUGAAGAAGGAUCGGACAAGUCCAAGCAGCCGUUCAUCUUCCUGCUCUACAAUGAGAUGAGCAACUACUGUUGUAUUUCAUGCAGGAAUUAAGCUCUAUUUUGGCCCGAACAAUCGAGCUUUUUUCUAGCAGAGUAUGGUUGUGAGAUAGUUAUACCUCUUAUAGGAUUUCAGCUUCUCUCUUUUAGGUGGGCCGAGAGACGCUGUUACACUUGCACCUACCGAUUCUUGCAUAAAGCAUUUGUAGAGUUUCUCCGAACCCUCUUAUCUUUUUUCUUCUUAUUAACAAUCAUAUUGAAAUCCCAUGUUUUGUUUGCUCUUUGGAA